CUAUUUCAUUUUGCAAAUGCUCUACAUAUUUUAAAAUCCAUUCACCAGCUGCUGGGCAUCUUGGCUGUCUUCAUUUCUUGGCUGUUGUGAAGAGAGCAGCAACAAACCUGGAGGAACAGAUCUUCCCUCACAAAGAAAUAUUCUGAAGAACCCAUCAAGAUUUCUGUCUGGUCAAGUUCAAGCACCAUCUGUCUUAACCCCAAGCAGGAAAAAUGAAACGUAUUAUCAGUCCAUAUGAACACACCAAUGACACGGCAAGAAACAAUUCAGAUUGCCCUGAUGCAGUUUUGCCAGAAGAGAUAUUUUUCACAAUCUCCAUCAUUGGAGUUCUGGAGAACCUGAUUGUCCUCCUGGCUGUGAUCAAGAAUAAGAAUCUCCAGUCCCCCAUGUACUUUUUUAUCUGCAGUUUGGCCAUUUCUGACAUGUUGGGCAGUCUGUACAAGAUAUUGGAAAACAUUCUGAUCAUGUUCAGAAAUCGGGGUUAUCUCGAGCCUCGUGGCAAUUUUGAAAGUACAGCCGAUGACAUCAUUGACUGCUUGUUCAUCCUCUCUUUGCUGGGCUCUAUCUUCAGCCUGUCUGUGAUUGCUGCUCACCACUACAUCACCAUCUUCCAUGCCCUGCAAUACCACAGCAUUGUGACCAUGCGCCACACCGUCAUCACCCUAGCAGUAAUCUGGAUAUUCUGCAUGGGGAGCGGCAUCGCCAUGGUGAUCUUCUCCCACCACAUCCCCACCGUGAUCACCUUCACGUCACUCUUCCCUUUGAUGCUAGUUUUCAUCCUGUGUCUCUACAUUCAUAUGUUCUUACUUGCCCGCUCCCAUGCUAGGAAGAUCUCUACUCUACCUACAGCCAACAUGAAAGGUGCCAUCACACUGACUAUCCUUCUUGGGGUCUUCAACUUCUGUUGGGCCCCCUUUGUCCUCCAUGUCCUCUUAAUGACCUUCUGCCCGAAUAACCCUUACUGUGUUUGCUACAUGUCUCUCUUCCAGAUCAAUGGCAUGUUGAUCAUGUGUAAUGCAGUCAUUGACCCCUUUAUAUAUGCCUUUUGGAGUCCAGAGCUCAGGGAUGCAUUCAAGAAGAUGCUCUCCUGCAACAGGUAUCAGUAGAACUUUUGACCCCUGAUUUGAAUAUUGUAAAGGGGUCAAAUGGCAUGACAAUCUGACAAGUGCUGAUGCUUCUGGCCAGCAUCUUUCUUUAAUAGAUGGUGAUAAUCCCACUAGCUAGUGUUUACCAUACAUAGCUGGCUUUCUAAUUGACAGUCUUCCUGCAGCUGCAAACUUUAUAUUGUAUCUAGAGAGAUGAAAUUAUGGGCUGAAAAGAACAAUAUACAAAGUAACAUAGCAAUACAAAUGUGAGAACUUUGGGUUAAGCAAAUAUUUGUUCUAUUGUGGGUACCUAGCAAAAUUGUCCUAGGAGGCCUUUCCAAGUUGGAGGCCAUGGCAACCAAUUCUCUAUGUUAAAGUACUUUUUAACCAUCUAGCUAACUAACUGUGUUGGUUAGGUUUCUAUUUCUGUGGUAAAUACGAACAUUUAAUCAACUUUUAAAAAGGAAAAAUUUAUUUUGUCUCAUAAAUUGAGAGGUUUUGGUUCUUGGUACCUGGCUGUUGGUUGGGCCUAUGGCGAAGCAGCUCAUCAUGAUGGAAACAUGUAUUAAAACAACUCAUGGCAGCCAGAAACCCAUGGCAAAAAGAAAAGAUGGGUGUCCGAUAGUCUUCUUUGAUGGUAAAAUCUCAAUAAACUAAGAUUUACCAUCAGACCCCACCUCUUAAAGGCUGCUUUUGGUAGCAGCUAACUAAAGACCAAGUCUUUUACACAUGAGGGCCACUUACCUAAACCAUAAUAGAGAGUGCCUCAGUUUAGAAACUAUAGUGUUCUUGUAAGACAAAUAUGGUCAUUAAUUGCCACCACUAAAUAGUCCAUCUCUCAUGUAGUCAGCUUUUGAAUUUCCAAGAAUAAAUGACUCUUCACUAUAAGUCUUCUUUGCUCACUCAGGAUUCCACUUACUCUUUAAAUCUCUCCCUACUUCCAUUUCCUCAAACGUUGAAAGCAAAAAUCUCUCAAAAUGGAAAAUUCACAUAUUAACCCAUUUGAGUCCUAUUCAGGAAUAUAUAAUAUGUACUGUAUUAGGGGAUGGAAGGAAGGAGAGAUAUAAGGGAUGAGGGAGAGAGAGAGAGAGAGAGAGA